AUGCUUGUCAAUGAUGGUCAACCGGCUCGGUUGCCGUUGGUGGUGCCGUCUCCACCUGCAAGUUCAGGGCCCAGUGAGCGCAGUAGACACUCGCGCAAGGUGACGCGUGAUAUUGCGGCUUUGGACUUUCUACAGAAUAUCCCCAUGCAAUCCGAGAGCGUCAUCCCAGUUGCGGAACCGUCGCCCGCUUCGGAGAUCGACACCGACGACUUGAUAAUCGACGGCGUGAAUCGACUAAACGCAGCAGCAAAUAGCUCUGAUGUAGAGCCACUGGCUGGAAAGAGACUCCCGGGUAUGGAAGCUACAGUCGUGCAUGUGCCAUCUUUGUUCCGUUAUCGCUUCACGACGAAAUUUCCAGCGGCGUCGGCCGUUGUGAGACGUUGGGAGGGCGUCACAGCUCAGCAAGGACUACUGGAUGCUAGAUUAUUCUUUUCUAGAGGUUGCGGGUAUCCAUUAGCCACGUCCACUAUUAUAAACUACAAUGGCAAUGAAACAACAGCAAGGAGAAUUAGAUUUGCGUCUAUGAGCGCAUUGGCUUUGGAAAGGCCGUCAUCGACCAAUUACGACUGGAGAGGCACCUCAUACUUCCGACUGUUGCAUGCCACGUGGUCGGCCUGUGAUGCAGAUCGAGAUCGAGAAGACGCGCACCCGGAACGUGUGCCGUACUCGGCCAACUUCUUAGACGAUCCAGAGUUUCGUCAGGGUCGCCAUCGACAUGUUGUGCGUGGUGACAAGAGUCUUGGACCCAUUGUGUCCAGUAUCCUGCUUUUUGUCAAACCACAUGAGCUCAAGGAUGAGCUAAAUCAGAAGUUUCAGGAAAAACACGCGUGGUGGCUGCAGGACCCGUCAUUGUCCUUGAGCAAAUUGAGGCAUCUCAAGCGAGACGCGAUCAUGUGCAGCCAGCGACUGAACCUGGAAGUUGCCACCAUGGCUCUGGCCUGUGUACUCUUUGAAAAGCUGGUGCUGCAGCACUACGUCACCAAGGCCAAUCGCAAGCUUUACAUGGCAGUUUGUUUCUUACUAGCUGCCAAGUUUAACGAACCCGACGAGCGCAAACGUGUGAUCCGUGAGCUACUAGAGGAUAUCGAUCGAGUGCACGCCCUCCCAUCGCGGGAUGUUCUUACAGCCGAGUUCACUGUGUAUGCUCAGCUUUCAUUUGAUCUUCACGUUCCCAUCGCUGAAGUUCAUCCACACUUUGUUCGACUCCUUAAGCUCAUCGAGAGUAAUCCGCGCAAGUAUUUAGACGACGACGUCUUAAUAUCUUACUCUGCGCUAUUGGCGAAGGAGAAGCAGGCAGAGAACUUCGGUAUGGUGCUGUCGGAUCCUCUAGAUGGGUUUGAUGAGACAACAGAUGGUGAGGCACGAUUAAGCGACGAGGAUGAUGACGAUGCUGAACACAAUAGCGCGAAGGAUAGCGAACAACGAGCAAGAAAGCGAAAAAGCUCUGGUGUUGGGGGCAAGAAUACUUCUAAUGACCCAUCGAUGUUUCCUUGGCAUAAUGUGUCCAUCACCCAGUGGUGGCGAAAGCGCCGCAACUCGCGAGAGCGGCAUGAGUCGUCAUCUACUGCUCCCUUGGCAAAAUGA